UCGACCCCCAGAAUUUCGCACCAGACCUGAUUUGGUGGGAUUACAUGUAGACAUGGUGCUGACGUGCCGCACACAGAGGUGCGUGAUGAAACAAAUAUCUUUUGUAGCCCUCAUCUGUGUUAUCAAAUCGAUCUCUGCCUCAAAUCCUGCCACCGCAUUAAAUGGACCGGACCAAGGAGAUAGCAGACCUCUGCGGACCCAGAAUGUUUAUGAAUACCCCAGACGCAGGCCGUUCAGUUCUUUUGAUCGCCUUCGCACUCACCCUACUCCUUCCACAACUCUUUUCCUCCAGCCAGGACGAUCUGGCCGUACUGAGCAUAUCGUCAAGCUGGGCUUUCGGUCGAUCAAGGGCAAACCCGGCUAUAGAGUGGACCACCUAAUGGCAAUGGAUACUGAAGCUGUAGUAAUCUCUUGGAGACAUAUUGCCACGCUGACGUAUCCUGGGUUAACCCAGAAGUGUCGGAGCCCCCAUGGCUUCAAACCUGCUCUGGCCACUUCCCCAUCCAGGCAGGAUUUGAUCAUCUACGAUUUCGGGCCGUGGGACGAGUGCAACGUAAUGUACGUUUGGCGAGACAUGAAGCUACGAAAGGUCGUGUCACGUGACGCACAUACUAGUAGUGCUAGCCACAGAUACUUACAGUCGAUAGUGACACUGGCUGACACAGAUGACGAUCAAAACAGCUAUUGGAUUUUAGCUUACGGAGAGCUUCUUUGCCACAACAAUAUAACCGAACAGAUGUGGAGAGAUUACGACUUGGGAAAAUCGUGCACUGUGGUAUCACGUCUUCGACGAGUACAUGUUCACACCACUAAGCAAAGUAUUAUAACAUUAGGAACCUGGGAAGUUGUAGCUGAAUCCCAGUCUCCCGUGCGACCUGAUCCAAUUCUUCUCCCGUCUCUGGUUGUGUGGAACAACACGCUGAUACUUCAUGGCGGUAUAACGAAUUACAACAACACACUCAGCAAAAUGGAUUUUAGGAAUCGACAGCGUUUCUGUACUCUCUGGAUGUUCGAUUUGAACACACGCAAAUGGACGCGUCGCCAGAAUGUCGUUAACUUCUGUCUUCUGGAGCGUAUGCUGCCGUCAUCGACAGGCGACAUGAUUCGACAUCCUCGUGCUGUACUGUUUGGAAACCAGCCGCAGAUUUUAAUCCACUUCUUGCAGGGCUUCUAAAUAUGCAAUCUAAGCAGUUCUUCAAGUGAUACUCUAAAAAUAAAGUGCCCAGUAGCAGUGUUACGUCAGAAUACUAGAACGUUUGGUCAAUUCUACACCGUCAGCGCAACUACGGGUGCCUUCUACGACAUAGGGUACCAAGUGUCUAACUUGACAGUGAAGACGUUGCGAAAAUAUUCUUUUGGCGGCUUGCUUUCACUUGUGGGACAAGAAUUCGUGGAGGAGAAUAUUUACAAAUCGCCCUCAUCCAACCUUCUAUUUCCCGGACAAUUUGGUUGCCUGACACCCACACCAGUUGUUCAAGGUCAAGGUGGUCAGGAGCGAGUGAUAUUUUUCCCACCAUCAAAAUUCUUUCUUGAAACUCAGCAGCAGUUUUCAAGGCGGGACGAGGGGCUCUAUGGCUGGAGGCCCGUUGUGUGGAUUCUGACCGUUCAGACAGAUGAGUACCAGGCCAUGGCACUGGAGAACUGCGGCAUGAAGUAUAAAGACGCUACAGCAACGAGGCUGUCAAAUGGGACCACUAUUCUUUUCGGGUAUGGCUCAGACAUUGCUGGCGCUAUGGGCACGACCUCCAUCACUAAGUGCAUCGGAAUUGGUCAUGAUAUUACAUGCGAUGUAUUUGUGGAAAAGGGGAAGGCAGGAUCUCCGUCGAUGCGGAGUGACCACAUUGCUCUUCGCCUUGACGACACCCGUCUCCUUGUUUACGGCGGUAUAGAAAGGAACACAUCUCAUCCUCUAUCCGACGUUUGGAUAUUGCAUCUGACAAACGAUGACCGCUGCGAAGGAGAAUGGAAGAAAGUACAAUCGCACAGUAUUCUCGGUGGUCCUCUGGCAAAGCGUUAUGGUCAUGCGGCAAUGACACAUGGAGAUUCGCACUACGUGUUCGGCGGUCACGUUAGUCCCCACGUUUGCAGCCAAUCUCUCACAGUUCUCAGGGUGGUGAUGCGCAACAGCGCAGAAACCCUGCGAGUACGGCGUAUCCCGCUAACGUCAUGCGUGCUGACCAGACGCUACGCCACCCUAACACAGUACAACCAGAACGGAUUGUUAGUAUUCGGAGGGGAUAAGGCUACAUUGUCACAACUCAUUCUGUUGAACUUCAGCUCUAUGCAUACAGUGGCAAAACUAUUACCACUUUUCGCUCAUAGCCACAUACGUAGACAUCACGUGGUAAGAGGAGAAAAACUGUAUUUGUUCGGGGGAACGGAUGACUCUACCUAUAUUAAUGUGGGAUCAAGGCAGAAGUAUAUGACGAUAACUGAGGGUCUUUGUCCGAGAGGCUAUCAACUGUUGAACGCAAUCUGCCAACCAUGUCAAAGGGGAGCAUUCUCGGAUUCGCUGGAUGGAGGGUGCAGGCAGUGUCCGAACUUUACGACCAGCGAAGCGGAAGGCUCGGAAGCUUGCAUUGCUCCGUCUCCCUGCCGCGGUCAGCUUUGCAGCGGGCAUGGUGUGUGUGUGGUAGACGAAAACCUGAUACCUGUGUGUCACUGUACCUUCGGUUUCGUGCCAUACGAUAACUGUCGCGUGCCGCUAGUCAGCCUAUCCAUUGCGACGGCAAUCCUCCUGUUUGUGUCGGCCAUUGCUCUCGCUACCCGAAAGUACCACAACAGAAACCAGCAACUCAAGCUCAAGGAGAGAGAACUGCAGGACAAACACAAGAGUAUGCGACUGUAUCAGAAGAAGCUAGACCAAAUCAACAUCGGGGCAAGAAUACAGUGGUCAUCGCUCAACCGCACCAAGAAGUUGGCCAGGGGCUCUUUCUCGCAAGUGUGGCUAGCAGAGUUCAGCGACAUGUUGGUAGCUGUGAAAGUACUGCCAAAAUACACAGGUAGAAACAUUUCGCUGACUGAUCAUUUUAUCCAAGAAGCUGAAGUCCUGCGUUCAAUUCGUCAUCCUAAUAUCGUCAUAUUCCUGGGAGCCAGCACUGAUCACGCAAGUAAACGACCGUUUCUCGUCAUGGAGUACUUGCGGCGGGGCUCGCUCUAUCACGUGCUCCACAACAGAGACAAUGUCUUCACACAUCACGAUCGCUUGAGGUUCGCCCUGGACACGGCCCGCGGCAUGGCAUAUCUGCACGGCUCCAACCCGCCACGUCUGCACAGAGACCUGAAGUCUCCCAACCUGCUAGUCAGCGACAAGUGGGUGGUGAAAAUCGGAGACCUGGGCACGUCACGGUUCAUGGCGAUUCUUGAUCCUGACAAGGCUGACAACCAGACGACCCCCAGCUCAGCUGCUGCGACCCCAACAACUAUUCCUACGGAUACACAAGGCGAUGAAAAUGGGCUCGCUGAGGCAGCCGACCGGAUUCCAACUGAACCUACGCGUAUGGUGACAAGCAACUCCCGGAAUCCCGGAGUGAAUACAGAACAAGAGGAAACCAGUCUGACAACUCCUUUGCUCACGGACAUCUCUACAAACCAUGGUGAGACGUACCAGCGCUAUUCUGCAUCGGUGAUGACCCGUGAAGUGGGUACACUGAGAUGGAAAUCACCCGAGACUGUGCGGGGAGAGCAUUACAACGAGAAAGCCGACGUAUACAGCUUUGGCGUCGUGCUGUGGGAGAUAUUCACUCGCCAAACACCGUAUGUCCAUCUUAAGGGCGAGGGAGAGGUGGAGGCGGCAAUCGCACGUGGUCAUCAGCUGCCACUGCCACCUGGCAUGCCAUACGACUAUCGUCACCGGGUGGAAGCAUGCCUGCGACCCACCGCCACGGAACGACCAAAUUUCAGUGAAAUCCCCCACGACCUUGAGACCCAGCAAGCUAACGCCUGACGGACAUUUGCACACAGUACACAGAGUACAUUGUACGUACACCAGCGCACAGUGUAUAAGAAACACAAUUACUACUACUACCGUACAUGUAUGUUUGUAGAUUCUUUGUAGAUUCUUUUUAGAUUCUUGUUCAACUAUCAUCGCAUAUCCCUCUCAUCGCUAUUCUUGCACUUGGCUUGUACUGUAUGAAAAUAAUUGUCUCCUAUUACAGACCCCCCCCCCUCUCUCUCUCUCAGCACGAACGUCUCACCCAGAUUUACAACACAUUCUAAAGUGCGGGCUUCAUUCUUGUCCAUAACAGUAUGAAGGCGUAUGUACUUCAGUACAUGUAAAUUACGUUUGUGUCCCCUGCUUUGCUGUAUUUCUUGAAUUUUCUGAAGCAUUCUGCACAUCUCCGCUAACGAAUUCACUUUCUUUCUACAAGAUAGUACAUGUAUGUUCGUAGUUCAAGUCUCCUUGAAAACCUCCAACUUUGAGGCAUACCACUUUCAAAAAUACAUUUACAUGUACACUGUAGAACAAAGAUACGGAAACGCAACAGCUGAUGCGAAUUACGUAUUGGCCAGAGUUCGGCAUUAGGAAGUUUUUUUCGUUGCUAUCUCGACGGAUUGAUUGUACUGGCAAAGCUAAAUCAACGUGUUCAGAUAGAAAAUACCAAAUUCAUGAUCAGAGAACCCUGUAGUGUAAAGCGUCUGUUAUGUUGUGUUCUGUUCCACCCUCUCUUUUUUUUCUACAUUGACGUUGUAUAAAAUUAUACAUGUACAUGUACUGCUGAGGCAACGAACUAAACUACAUGUAAAUCUAUUUUCAUCGUUUUAUUGCACAUUGUCUCCACCGUUUUACAUUGCAUGAACAAAGUAUACACAAAUUUCGAUUCAGCUUGUCUUAUUGAUUGCGGUUAUCAAAUCUCUCCUGCUUGUUUACCUUUCCUUCGCCUCUUUUCCUUUAUUUAUUUUCUUGCUAUUCUUGGAUAUCACCCCUCUCUCGCACUUUAUGUGCCAAUUGGUAAUGUACCACGAGUUGAGUGAAUUAAAAUAAAAUAAAAAUUGAACACCCGUGAA